CAACCUCUGUCUCAAAUACGACUAAGCCUUUCAGUGGCCCUUGGAGCUGGACAAAUAAUUUUUUUAGCCGGAAUACAAGCCACAGAAAAGACGGCUGUUUGUGUCACAGUAGCAGCUCUUAUGCAGUAUUUCAUGAUGGCCGCUUUCUGUUGGAUGCUGGUCGAGGGAAUCUAUCUCUACCUGUUUGUUGUGAAAGUUUACAACAUCAACACUAAGAUGUACAUGUAUCACAUCAUAUCAUGGGGUAUUCUAAAGUACAGUUGAAAUAAACAUGUGUCGUCGGGAAUUAAUUCAUUAACUAAUGCAUAAUUUUGAGUAACCUUAUUUGAUUACUUAAUAAUUUCGUGAUAGCUCUGCCCGUCGUUAUGGUUGGUAUUUCAUUGAGCAUCGCCGCUGGAAAAGAUGGGAUACAGAGCUUUGUCAGUGACAAAUAUUGUUGGAUGCCCUCAGAGAAUAAUUUGAUAUGGAUAUUUGUCACAUUUUUUGUCACAGUUGAACUUAUCAACAUUUUGUUACUCGCACGAGUCGUAAGAGAGAUGACCAAAAUGCAGCCAACAGGAGACAAGCGAACUCAACAAAUACAACUUGGAAUUAAAGCAUGCGUGGUGAUGGUUCCCCUUCUGGGUGUCACGUGGUUAUUUGGUAUUCUGUCGCCAUUACACAAAGCUUUUGCUUACAUUUUUACCAUCCUCAACUCCACUCAGGGUUUCCUGAUCUUCCUUUUACACUGUGUGCGAAACAGCCAGAUUAGAGAGCGAUUUAAAAGAAAGGUAAACAUCAUUUUUCCAUCUACAGACAAGAGAAACUCCGCAAGAAAGAGCUCAAAGGUUAAUCCAAGUGAUGUUGGCGAUGUUUGGGCGGUGAAAUUGCAGUCUUACAAGGAAUCUGAACUUAAAAAUAAAACCCUCAGCUAAGAUCAAUAGAUUCAACAGACCAAGAGUCAGCAGCAAUUUUAUACUUAUGAUCUGUCGGUAAAGUUAGGUAGUUGCAAUCACAUCGUUAGGUAAACGAAUUAAGUCGUUUAUAGGGAACAAGUACUUGGUGGUAAAUACUAAGUUAGAUUUUUGGGAGGAGAAUACGUCAUUUGUCCAGCACCUUAGCCUCAGGAUGAAACCUAAUACGUUUGCCCAAAGAAGAUUAUAGAGCAGUUUUCUAGUGCUUUUGAUUGCUUUUUUGAUCGGAAAUUCAAGAAAGCAAAAAUGUUUUUUUUUUUGGUUUAAAACUCACCUCGUUAGAGGUUAUCUCGUCUUGCAUUUUUGUACAUUGCAUCAUUAACUAGUUUGGUUUGGUUUUCGUGUUGACAUACAAAACCAGUAACAUACCAGCAUCUUUGAAACGAUUCUGUUAGAAUCUUAAUGGGAUUGAAAUUAAAAAUGAAAUAAAACAUGUAUUAAAGGGUGUUAAUCAAUAAAGCAGCUUUGAUCGAGCCACCUAAAGACCUCUGAGAAGCAAAUUUGGUUGUGCUGC